CCGCUCCCGCCCGCAGCGCGGCACCCGGGGCCCGGACCCCGACCGCGGCCGCGAGAUGUCGCCGAGCCCCGCGUUGGUGCUGCUGCUGCCGCCGCUGCUGCUGGGGGCGCUCCCGCCGGCCGCCGCCGCGCGAGGCCCCCCAAGAAUGGCAGACAAAGUGGCCCCACGGCAGGUGGCUCGGCUUGGUCGUACUGUGCGGCUUCAGUGCCCAGUGGAGGGAGACCCACCGCCCCUGACCAUGUGGACCAAGGACGGCCGCACCAUCCACGGUGGCUGGAGCCGCUUCCGUGUGCUGCCGCAGGGGCUGAAGGUGAAGGCAGUAGAGGCGGAGGACGCAGGCGUAUACGUGUGCAAGGCCACCAAUGGCUUUGGCAGCCUCAGUGUCAACUACACCCUUAUCGUGAUGGAUGACAUCAGCCCCGGGAAGCAGGUCCCAGGGCCCGGCAGCUCCUCUGGGGACAAGGAGGACCCAGCUGGCCAACAAUGGGCUCGGCCCCGCUUCACGCAGCCAUCCAAGAUGCGGCGCCGGGUGAUAGCGCGACCCGUGGGCAGUUCCGUACGACUCAAGUGUGUGGCCAGCGGGCACCCCCGGCCCGAUAUCACAUGGAUGAAGGAUGACCAGGCCUUGACGCGGCUAGAGGCUGGUGAACACAGGAAGAAGUGGACCCUGAGCCUGAAAAACCUGAGGCCUGAGGACAGCGGCAAGUACACGUGCCGUGUGUCGAACCGGGUGGGCGCUAUCAAUGCCACCUACAAAGUGGAUGUGAUCCAGCGGACGCGCUCCAAGCCUGUGCUCACUGGCACACAUCCCGUGAACACAACGGUGGACUUUGGGGGCACGACAUCCUUCCAGUGCAAGGUGCGCAGUGAUGUGAAGCCCGUGAUCCAGUGGCUGAAGCGGGUAGAGUAUGGUGCCGAGGGCCGCCACAACUCCACCAUUGAUGUGGGGGGCCAGAAGUUUGUGGUGCUGCCCACGGGGGACGUGUGGUCGCGACCUGAUGGCUCCUACCUCAACAAGCUGCUCAUCUCGCAUGCCCGCCAGGAUGACGCGGGCAUGUACAUCUGCCUGGGCGCCAACACCAUGGGCUACAGCUUCCGCAGUGCCUUCCUCACUGUGCUGCCAGACCCCAAACCACCAGGGCCCCCUGUGGCUCCCUCGUCCUCUACCACCAGCUUGCCCUGGCCUGUGGUCAUUGGCAUCCCAGCCGGUGCUGUCUUCAUCCUGGGCACUGUGCUACUGUGGCUCUGCCAGGCCAAGAAGAAGCCUUGUGCCCCUGCAUCUGCACCACCUGUGCCCAGCCACCGUCCACCAACCCUGUCCCGGGACCGCUGCGGUGACAAGGACCUGCCUGCACUGGCCGUGGGGCUGUGUGAGGAGCACGGGCUAGGCUCCAGCUUGGUAGCCGGCCCCAAGCUUUACCCCAAGCUGUACACAGAUAUUCACACGCAUACACACUCUCACACACACUCUCAUGUGGAGGGCAAGGUGCACCAGCACCAGCACGUCCACUACCAGUGCUAGACAAAGUGGGCCCAGGGACAGGCCAGGAAGAUGGCAGGUGGCAGCAGCCAGCACUCUGUGUGACUCGCAUGCUGACCGGGCCAAUACACAGACCACUAGACAUGGACUGACACACACAGACAUGUUGUACACAAGUGGACAGAGAUGCCCUCGGGAAGGCCUGGGUCUUCGACUUGCGGUGAUGUAGCCAUGCUAGUAGAUGAAGGACCCUGCCACCUGUUGCCCAUGUCCCACCCAGCUGCCACCUGCCGGGUGUCCAGGGCCCCAGCCACCCAGGUGAGGAGGUGUGGAUCCACCCCUUGCCUUCCCACUGCCAAACCAGGGCCUUGAUAUUUAUAUUUAAGAAUGGAGGUAAUAUUGAUGACAGGAGCAGGGCUGGGGUUCUGGGGGCUGGCCUGUCUGGCCUCUAGUAUGGCUGGCCACCCAGCCAUGCUGGAGUCCACACCCCUUGCAGGCAGCUACCCAUCACCCCUCCCCCCGUGACCCUGGUCUCUGUGAUUUUAUAUAGGGUUUGAGCUGAAGCCUUGUAUAUUUAAUUUAUUUUGUUAAAAGUGUGCAUCCUUUUCCUUGA